AUGAGUGAAAGAAACCAACAACAAGGUCAACAAGACAGACAACAAGGGAGAAGAAGAAAUCAAAAUCAACAAAGAGAGAAACCAGAUGGUCCAAAAAGAGAUCUUAUACUAGAGUUAUCCAGAUUCCAAGAUAAGAGAAUACGCGUGAAGUUCACUCACGGUAGACAAGUCACUGGUAUUUUGAAAGGUUUUGAUCAAUUGAUGAAUUUGGUGCUUGAUGAUGUUCAAGAAACUUUAAGAGACCCAGAAGAUGAAAGUAUUUUGACAGAAAAGACCAGAGACUUGGGUUUAGUUGUUGUGAGAGGCCCAUUAUUAUUGACAAUAGCUCCAGUUGAUGGAUCAGAGGUUAUUGAAAACCCAUUUGUACAACCACAAGAAGAAUGA